UCCCCAGACCUGCCUUGUCCUCUGUGCCCCCUUUUCCCUGACCCCCCCAGAUGUACGUGCCAGGGAAGCUCUCGGACGUCAGGAGGGUCCUGGUGGACGUGGGCACUGGGUACUACGUGGAGAAGUCCGCCGACGCCGCCCGGGCGUUUUUCCAGCGGAAAAUCGAGUUCCUGACACGGCAAAUGGAGAAAAUCCAACCGGCCCUGCAGGAGAAACACGCCAUGAAACAGGCCGUUCUGGAGAUGAUGACGCAGAAGCUGCAGCAGCUCACGGCGGCCCCGGGCGGGGCCAAGGCGUGACCCCCCCUUCAUCCUCCUCAUCCUUGGGGAGGCUUGGGGGGUGGCCCCCCCAAAUCCCGGCCCCCUCAGCCCCUCCAAAUCCUCCCCCCCGUUUUCUAGCAGCUUUUGCUGCCAACCCCCAAUAAAAGAGAGACGGAG